GAGAGGAAAGGGAGAAGGAGUUGGGACAGUGAGAGAAUUGCAAGGCGUGAGGAACCCAGCGUAAGAAAUCAUCGUCAAAAUCGAAUUUCGGUGCAAUCAGAUUCAGGACGCAAUGAGAUUAUCAACUCAGUUAAGGGAACUUAUUGGAGCUACUCUUCUGUAGGAGUGGGAAUAUAUUUACAUUUAUUUGAAAAAUUCUUAAAAUUCUAAAGAAGAAGUUUUUCAUUAAAAUGGCCGUGCGCAGCAAUACUUUAACACCCUUCUCCAUCCAGGCUAUUUUAAACAAAAAAGAUGAGAGUCGGCAUUUGAAAGAUUUGGACGUUUGCUUUCCUAGGUCAACCUGUUGGAAAAUAUUCGGGGAAGUGGACAAUGUAUCCGAAGAGUUUUCCUCUCCCUGCAGAAGUGAAGCAGAGGCUUGUCUGGCCAGCUCCCAGAAAGUUUAUGACUCCGACUCGGGUCUUAGUGAAGAGAAUGACAGCAAGACACACACGGUUUGCAAAUCGGAGAAAGAUUUGGACCGCUCGACUACAGAGUUACUUGAAAGAAGUUUGCAGGACGAAACUGACCACGAAUCUACAGUUAUUGAAAAUGCAAACGGUCUCAGUGACUGUGAAACAUCAGCAAACGUUUCUGAUUCAAACAACCCCGACGAUUCUGCAUGUGACAAAUCGUCAGACCAACCGAAACAGAGGAAAAAGCGGUCCAGAGCUGCUUUCUCGCACGCACAGGUAUUCGAGCUCGAACGGCGAUUCAACCAUCAGAGGUACUUGUCAGGUCCGGAGAGGGCAGACCUGGCAGCCUCCUUAAAGCUGACAGAAACCCAGGUUAAAAUCUGGUUCCAGAACCGCAGAUACAAAACCAAACGCCGUCAGAUGGCCGCCGAUUUACUGGCUUCCGCCCCAGCGGCAAAGAAAGUGGCAGUGAAAGUUUUAGUCCGGGAUGAUCAAAGACAGUACAACCCAGGAGAGCUCGUAAGGCCGCCGCUCCUGUCUCUUCAACCGUCCUAUUACUAUCCUUACGCAUACUGCCUGCCCGCAUGGACACUCUCUGCCUGCGCUGGAAAUCAGUGAAACGUCGCUAAAAUCUGAAAAACGGACAAACUGAAACUGAGUACUAUUUAUUUUCUCUUCUCACAAAGACAGCUGAUUUAUUGGGAUUCAAAAAGAAAAAAAGGACAUAACUGCCCAGUGUAGACUGUUUCAUGGUAUCCAUGUUUUGGCAUUUUAUAGCAUUAAAAGAAAAUAAUAAAGACUUCAUUCUCAGUACCAGGAAAAAAGACUCAGUUGGACUAUUGGUGAAAAUAGCCUACUAUUACUGAAUGUAUCCAUUUAUCUUAUAUUUUGUUUUCCUUCAAAAGAAGGACAGCGCUGUCAAUGGCUUUGAAAUUUGAAUAAUAUUCGACGUGUUAUUGCCUUACUAAGAUUAGAGGGUAAGACUUUUCAGCACUUUUCCACGCGUAGAAGUAGUUUUUGUUUUGUUUUGUUUUUUCAAUUAAAAGCCUACAACUGA